AUAAACUGAUUUACGGUCUUAACAUGGAAGUUUUCUUUAACUUUACAGACCACCAUACUACCAUUACUUGUGCUUUUGGGGGCCAGCUGUGCUCUAGAUAUGUCGGGCCUUGUUCCGUCCCUCCGAAGAUGUAGAGGUACUUUUGGAAAAAUUCUGAAGAAACACGACUGGGUUUGUGAAGAAAGUCAGUUCCAAACAUACCCGAAAGCGGAAGUAGAUCAACUGCUGCUAAACAAGGCGACGCUUUAUGAAAAUGAGACAUAUUUCCUUGACAAUGUGAAGUCGUGUCAGAAAUAUAUUGACAGGAGCAAGGUUUAUGGUGAGAACGAGUAUUAUGUCUACGAAUCAGUUUGUAAAAUGAUUAGAAAACCAGUGCGGGUGAUCUGGGCACUAGUUCCAGAUUAUAUUGCCCCAGUGGAACUUCAGAACUUGAGGGGCGGGCUUCUUCCUGUUCAUGUACUGGAAGGUCAAGACUUGUUUGAUGUAGAAUGUGUGCAUCCAUGGGCUACAGGUAUUCCAAAGCACUUUAGUCGAAGAGUUGCUAGACGUCUCAGAAGAAUUCGAUUUCAUGGAGUGAAGCGGAAUCUUUGUCUUGCUGGAUAUGCCUACAACUAUAACAUGAUGUGUAAACCAACUGGUUAUAUGGAAAGAGAAGUACUUGUCUACAGCGAGCAUGCAAAAAAAAUCUUCUGGGUAGUUAUCCCAGAUGUCCCUACUUCCUGCGCAUGCGCAUAUUGUAAAUGCACAGGUGGUGGUCGUCCCGGUCGGCCAGGUCCCCCCGGUCGAGGACACCGUCAGAACAUACCAGCAGUUGUAUAA